AUGUGAAUCAGAUGGCUGACAAGAACAAAGACUCUUCCCGUUCGUCAGUCCGAGAUCGUGUGGUUCUCUACACUACUCCUGUGGUGACAUCUGUCUUACUGGCAUUUGUCUUCUACCAACUGACGCUCCACCAAGCACAUCUACGCGAAAUGCAACUUCACAUCAAUUCACUCGCGACCACCGUCCUCCAGCAUUCGAAAUACAUUGAUUCACCUGCGAAAGAGUCGCUCUUACGGUACGCAAGAGAAACUGGAAAUGACAAAGGCAAGGAUAGUGUGCAAGUGCUAGACGAGUACUUUGAUAGAGUUGCUGAGCAGCAGUUGAGAGAAUUUUUGAAAGCACGUUGUGUGAGCAACGAACGUCUGUGUUUGCAAGGACCUAAAGGAGGAUUGGGGCCAAGGGGACUUGCUGGAUUACCAGGCUCUUCUGGUACCAAAGGUGACAAGGGAGACCGGGGAGCCGUUGGCGCUCAAGGUUUGAAAGGUUCAAAAGGUUCUAAAGGAGAACCUGGCGCAAGGGGAGCGAGUAUUGACCCUCCCGUUAUCACCAAACAACCAAGCGCCGUUGUGUCGCUGGAGUCUGAAGAAGCCGAGUUUCACUGCGAAGCUGAAGGCUUUCCGACGCCUAAAAUACGAUGGCUAAAGCUUGACUCUACUCUGCCGCGAUCUCGAGCGACUAUGUCUCUAAAUGACACACUAACGAUCAGAAAUGUUCACAGACAUGACGCAGGAACUUACGUCUGUUUGGCUGAGAAUAUAUUUGGUGUUGUGAGAAGCUAUGCAAGUCUCAUUGUUCAAGUUCCUGUCAAGCUGAUCGUUGUCCCGCCGUCUGUAGUGACUGUACAACAGGGAGAACGUGUCAAACUGCAGUGUCUGGCUACAGGCUAUCCUUCUCCAACUAUCACGUGGUCACGAGUUGACGAAGUACUGGAGUCGAGCAGAGUGAGCGCCAACGGCAGUCUGAUUAUAGAGAGUGCAAAGAAAGGCGACAGCGGCCAAUACAGGUGUACUGCAAAAAAUGCGGUAGGAAAGAAAACGUAUUCAUUUUCAUUAGAUAUGCAAUUGCCCGUAGAAGAUCCAUCACAGAAACCAUAUUCGGGGGUUCGAGCGGUCAAUGGAUCUGAUGCUACUCUCAAGUGCGGAUCGUGCAGCAUUCCAGGAUUUUCGUUUACGUGGGAGAAAGUGGAAGGUGAGAUAACAUCGGAAAGAGCAAAACAAACAGACUGCACACUGGUCAUCAAACAAGUCGCUCUCACUGACACCGGCAAUUACACGUGUGUUGGACGGUCAAAAUCCAGGUUCUCGUCUGUUGUGUUGAGAGAAAACGUGCAACUAGUUGUGAUAGGCAUGAGUUCUGGCGAGUUCAAGCAAUACUGGCGACGAAGGAUAGCGGUGUGUCUACAAACAUACAACUCUAUUAUUCUAACGAACAAGGUGGCAACCAUAGUUAGCCACAGUAGCUUUGACUUUACGUAAUUACCUAGUGCGGUAGGUAGCAUGCUGUGCUACUUGCCUCUUUUGUGAUGGUUAGAGUAAUGGACAUGUUUAGCUUUUGUUUGCAUUUUAGAAGUAGCUUCUAUUUCAUUUGCCUAGUACUAUGUAUGCGUUGAAAAAUAUUUCAAAUAAAGAGAGAGAGAGAGAGAGAGAGAGAGAGAGAGAGAGAGAGAGAGA